UGAACUCACAUUCUAUAAGCCCUCGAAAUGUACAAGUACGCAACUUGCAUUUUAUCCAUUUUCGCAUUAUGGAACUUUUGGGUCGCCAGUGCUAAAAAGCAGGAUAGUUCCACAGGAACAAAUGAAUUGCCAAAAGAACCAGUGCCGUAUUAUACAAUCGAGAAUAUUGAAAACCACCAGCAACACUGGUUUACCUACAAUUCGCUAAGACAAAAUGGAACUUUGUGGAGACUUGGCAACAUGGAGCAACGCUUAGCAAUGCGAAUGCAUGCCUUUCAGAGCCAGAUGGACACUCUACUUCGGUCUCUAAGGCAACAAUUUGAACCCUACGUGGAAAACAUUAGAAUGUCCAACAAGAUCAAGAUGUCAGUGUUCAAGAAGAUUGGCUCCAGGCACUUUUACUUCGAACAGCAAAAGAAGAUGAGCUGGGAUAGCGCAUACGACACGUGUCGUCAAAUGGGUGGUCACCUGGCGAAUAUUCUCGAUGAGAAGGAGCUGAAUGAAAUCUUCACAGAGCAAAAAAAGAACUACUGGGUGGACAUCAACAGCCGUCCCAGCGAUGGGGGGUCCUGGACUUCAACACUAUCCGGAAGGGAUGCUACAUUUCUGAAAUGGAAGCCAAAUCUGCCCGAAAAUAUACAUCGUCAUUGCGUUUAUGUAAAUGCUAAUGAAAUGUACUUUGAAAAUUGUGGCAAUGAUCACUAUUACGCUUGCCAAGCCGAGCAAUGGGCCUGAAUAUA